AUGACUUCAAUCGAUACUACUUACGAAUCAGUCAAAGAUCUCCCUUUUGCUGAUAACAAAUUUGAAUCAACACCAAAGAUUAAACAGUCAGUGAUAAAUUUCAAUUUGAAAAAAGAUGAAAGACCAGUUACCUUGUUCAACAUCCAUGAUGUUUCCAGUGUUCCUAAAAACUUAAUCAUUUCACUACAAAACGAAUUCAAUUUUGUAGUAGAAGAAGGUCUCACUUACCCGUAUCAUGAAGUCAAAUCAUUCGAGGAUUUCAAGAACUACUGGUUUCUUCAUUAUGCUGCAAUUUUAAUUGAUGGAGAUUUCGAGUCAUUUGAUGAUCUACAACUACAAAAUUUAUCAGUUGAGCAAUGGAACAGCAUAUUCUUGGGCACUUUUUACGUCAAACCAAAUUACAUUGGCCGUUGUUCACAUAUAUGUAAUGCUGGAUUUGUCGUAAACCAUGUAAAACGAGGCUUGGGCUUGGGAAAGGAGUUGGGAGCAAAGUAUUUGGUUAUUGCACCUCAAUUGGGAUACGUCUACUCAGUGUUUAAUUUGGUUUUUGAGACUAACAUGGCAAGUUUAAAGAUAUGGGACUCUUUGGGGUUUGAAAGAAUAGGAUACGUCAAGAACGUGGCCGUGUUGGAGGGGUACGAUCGGUUGGUGGGUGCUUACAUGUUUGGAAAGGAUUUGAAGUAA